AUGGCGACCGGGCGUAAAGGGUCUACGUCUAAAGGCGCGGUUCGUUUCCCUGACGACGAUGCCCCGCCCGGAUCCCCAACGAGACGUGACGACCAAUCAAAUCUCUGCUCCCUCAUCGCCACGAGAGAAAAGGAUGGCAGCUACUUAGUCAAGGCUGGUUUCCUGAAGAGUCACCACGUGUAUGAGCUCGUCUUCACCAUCCCGGAUGUCCCCACUCUGGGCAAAGACCUGUCCUGCUCCAGCUCCUCCUCCCCUACCAGAAGAGCCUCCUCCCUGAAGGUCAAUCGCGUCAACUCCACACUAGAAGGUGGAGUAAAAGUGACAUGUGAAUACAAGACUCACCAGGAGGGGGUGUUGCACGAGGAGCUAGCAAUACUCACCAAGGGGAAGAGGGACAGCACCCUAAAGGUCAAACUACAGGCCAAGGUCAUAGACCCUCACCACGGGACGCCGAUGCUGCUGGAGGGAGUCAAGUGUCUGGGACCUGUGAAGGACUGCCACUCAAAACACUGCACCAAGAGAAUAUAA